AUGUCUGAGGAAGAAACAUUUAAAAUUCCGAAACCACCGAUGCGUCGUCUUCAUAAUGCCGUCAUCAAGCGCAAUCUCAUCACGGCCAUAGCACUGGUCACCGUGGCGGUCGUUGCGAUUAAAAAGCUGCGGAACGACCCGAGAAAGCGGGACUACGCUGAGUUUUAUAAGAAUAAUGACGCGAGCAAGGCUUUCCAGCGCAUGAAGAAUGCCGGUCUGCUGCAAUCGGUUAAGGAUUAGAUUUG